CCCCUGAGCUGGAGCCGGGGACCCUGAAGACUGGGUCAGCCCGUGAGCUCAGAGCUGGGGCACGUGCUAUUGCCACUGGGGCGCAGGUCCGCCCGUCCCAGGCAGUGCACACACGAGGAAGUGGGGCGCGCUGGGUGGUACAGCAGGUGGACAUGGCAUCGGCCGAACCGCAGGCUGGGCACAGCUAGCAGGGUCUUCCUGGGACGCGUGUCCAGCUGGGCGGAAGGAAGCCCCUGGCUCAGUGAGCAGGGAGCAGAGGCUGCCGGAUGGGUGCCCGUCGCCAGCCACGGUGCCCGAGUCAGGAUGACACAGCUUCCCCAGCAAGGUGACCAGGCAGACAGUGGCAGCUUGCUGGACGCUGCCCAGCCAGAGGCGGGCUGCAGGGGGCUGGGCUGGGGUGCCUGCGCGUUGUGGGCCCCCGUAGCAUGGCCAUGGCUCCAGCUGGAGCCUUGAGCAGUUGAUGUUUUUACACAAGUGCCUGGGGCCCCCCUGGGAGGGCGCUGGGCUCCCAGCUUCCGGGCUGGGCUGCGGGGGCCACAUCCUCCUGACUUCUGGGCUUGCAGAUUUGCAUAUGUCACGGUUGGAGCCUGAGUCUGGGCCGUGGCUCCUGGAAAAUCUGUCCUGUCACGCCUACACAUGGCAUCCCCAAGCCCAGGAGUGUCAGAGUGCCCACAGCCUGGGCCAGGACCCACCCUCAGGGAGGGAUUGGAGGGGGGUCAGGGUGUUGUGCGUCUUGGGGACGCCUCCACCCCGUUCUCCUGGGUGGUCCAGGCCUGGACUGUGUGGGUGGGGGUUGCUCCGGGGGUGUGCAGGGCUGUGAGGUCCCUGGACGAGGUCACUGUGGGCAGUGGGUGACCUGGGUCCUGGCUUCUGCUCGCCUGCUCCUGGCUGGGCAGCUUCCAGAGACUGGGGCCUCGUGCCCUGACCCUGAGAGCCCGAGUCCCACUUCACGUCCCUGCAUGGGUCCCCCUCAAGGUGCCAGCGCUGUUUCUAAGUGUGAAUUUAGAGCCCAGCUUUGUCAUCACCAGACAGACUCACCCAGUAGGUGACCACGUGGUGUCCGGUCUGGGACCCCAGGCUGGCAGGCCAGCUCCCCCUACCAAGGCAGGGGCAGGUUUGUCUGGGCCUAGCCUGCCUGCAGCUCCCCGAUCACAGGCCCCUUCCAAAGCAGUGGUUAUUGUUGAGCCGGUUACACUGCAGAGGCCCGCUCCGGAGCCAUGCUGAAAGCAGCCCCUGUACAUGCCACAUGGAUAUGUUGGGGACAGACAUGGCGCUCGCUGUCAGUCCCGGGCAGGUGCAGAGUUCAUGAAGGGAGCGCCCCACUCGGGCCACGCCCGGCCAAAGGGCAGGACCCUGCCCUGUGCCCAUGUGGGCGAGGGCCGCCCCUGUGCUCUCAGCAGGGUCUGGGGGCCCAGGCUUCUGAAGAAGCAAGGGGUGUUGGGAACUGAGCCCCUUGCUGCAUGGAAUUGGGGCUCAGAGGCGUCCCAGUGCAGGUGUAUCCAGGGUGCUGGGGCCAUGGCAUAUGUGUGGUCUAGGAGCCCCGUGCUGGGGCUUCUGGGAGCUGGAUGGGACCCAGGGCCAUGUCUCCAGUGGGGAGGGUUCCUUGUGUUGCCUGCAGUCACCUGUGGACCCUCCCCCUGCGUGCUGUGCUCUGUCCUCAUGUCUUUCUUGGCACAGCGUCCAGGCUGGACGAGGCUCCAAGGCCGUCAGCCCCUGUGGGCUGCCAUCCCCGGUGGGGUCCUGGUGCCAGGAGUGGGUCUUGGGGGCCAUUUCCUGUUGCUGGGCAUGCCCGACCUUGACCUCAUGGAAGGGGUCACCAGGUCACCCAGCCGAGGCCCGAGCUGUGCGUUUUCCCCGGAAGCUCCCAGGACUCCCGGCUCUGCUUCGGCCCCUCUCCUCGGUGGGCCGCACGGGCAGUGGGUCCCGGUGUGUGGGAAUGCGAGCCGGCUCUGUAAGCAGCCGUGACUCACCGCAUAGCUAUGCCACUGGCCCGUCCGCUGACGUCUCCAGAGCCCCUCCUCCUCUCGCUUCCUGAAAAACUUUCCAGGGCCCUCCUGCCGCCUGGCGCCCGUGCGUGGGGACUUCUCCAGUGCCAGUGGAGGGUAGGGCCGGGGAGUCAGGGUGUUGGGCACUGUCAGCAUUCCCGCAGGCCCUGCAGGAGGCCUGUCCCGCCUGGCACCUGUGCUGCUGCCCGUCCUGCCCUCUCCUGCCGUCCGUGCCUGAGGGCCCCGCUGUUGCACUGGGCGCCUGAACGUGAGGGGUGGGAGGCGGGCGGAGGGCCGAGGGUCCGUCCCGGUCCGUCUCGUCCUGGGGUUACUGUUUCCCAACAGUCCUGUCCCGGUGACUGUGCCCAGGUUAUGACGACUAAUCCCAAACCAAGCAAGGCACUGAAGGUCAAGAAGGAGGCGGGCGAGAAUGCCCCGGCGCUCAGCGAUGAUGAGCUGGUAACCAUGUCAGUGCGGGAGCUGAACCAGCACCUCCGGGGCCUCACCAAGGAGGAGGUGACGCGCCUGAAGCAGCGGCGACGCACGCUCAAGAACCGCGGCUACGCGGCCAGCUGCCGCAUCAAGCGCGUGACGCAGAAGGAGGAGCUGGAGCGGCAGCGGGUGGAGCUGCAGCAGGAGGUGGAGAAGCUGGCGCGCGAGAACGCCAGCAUGCGGCUGGAGCUGGACGCGCUGCGCUCCAAGUACGAGGCCCUGCAGACCUUCGCCCGCACCGUGGCCCGCGGGCCCGUCACACCCACCAAGGUGGCCACCACCAGCGUCAUCACCAUCGUCAAGUCGGCCGAGCUGGCCCCCUCCGUGCCCUUCUCGGCCGCGUCCUAGUGCCCGCCGGGCCCCCCCACCGGACGCAGACUCGACCCGGGCGCUGCGGGGGCAGCGCUGCAGCUCCACUGCGGAGGAGCAGACUCUGAGCCCUGCGGGCCACACGCCAUCCCACACACGCACGCGUGCACACACACGCCCUCACACGUCCACCCCCUCUCCCCAGCUGUGCCCCUGAGAGAGUGGGCAGAGGGGGCAGGGUCGGCCCUGGCGGGCUCCUGUCUUCCCUGCACACCCUUGCUGCCAAGGCCUGCUCCCCACCCCAGGAGGAGCGUGAAGGGGCCGUGAGGGCAGCUCUGGCCCUGGAGUGACGGGCAGCCUGCCUAGCCAGUUGGCGUACACAUGCGUACUGGGCAGGUAUCCACACGUCUGCAGGCGUGCCGUGCCAGGGUCUCAGAGGGAUGCACUCCGGGUCCCCACCCACACUGGGUGCCAGGGCUGUGGGCCACGUGG